GUCCCGCAUCCCCGCCGUGCGGCGAGCAUCGGCUCGGCUCGGCUCGGCUCGGCUCGGCUCGGAUAGGAGCGGUUCGGCUUGGAUCGGCUCGGUUCGGCUGCUGGCCCGCCGGCGCCGUCGGGCCGAGGGUUGCCGGCGGCCGCGGGAUGGAGCUCGGUGCGGCGCGGCUGCUGGCGGUCCUGCUGUGCCUGGCUCCCGGUAAGCCCUCGGAGAACCUUCGGCGAGACCCGGGUUUAUUUAUUUCCCUGGAUCAGCCAACCCUUAGCAUCCAAAAAGAUGUCCUCACAAUAACUGCAAAUGACACUCUAAAUAUUACUUGCAGCGGUCAGAGGCCACUGGAAUGGUCCUGGCCAAGCAACCAGAGCAGUGCCGAGAGGCGUAUCUCCGUGACAGACUGCAGCGACGGCCCCUACUGCAAGACACUCACUGUCCUCAAAGUCAUUGGCAAUGACACAGGGGACUACAGGUGCCUUUACAGGGACAGCCAGGCAGCUACGACCAUUUACGUCUACGUUCAAGAUUACAGAUCUCCGUUUGUGACUUCAGUUAGCGAUCAGCUCGGCAUCGUGUACAUCACUAAGAAUAAAACCGUGGUAGUGCCGUGCCUCGGAACCGUAUCAAAUCUCAACGUAUCCCUACAUGCGAAAUAUCCAGAAAAGAUAUUUGUUCCUGAUGGUAAAUCGAUUUCAUGGAACAAUAAGAAAGGCUUCACUAUACCCAGUCAUUUAAUCAACUACGCGGGCAUGGUCUUCUGUGAAGCUAAAAUAGAUGAUGAAAGCUACCAGUCUGUGAUAUACAUAGUCGCAGUUGUAGGAUACCGCAUUUAUGACCUGACGAUGAGCCCGCACUACCAAGUAGAGCUGGCAGUGGGAGAAAAGCUUGUUCUCAACUGCACCGUAAGGACGGAGCUGAACGUAGGAAUCGAUUUUAGAUGGGACUACCCAUCCAUCAAGGAAAAACGUGCCACCAUAAGGGAUUUAAAAACCACUGCAGGAGAAGUAAAGAAGUUUGUAAGCACUCUUACCAUCGACAGCGUGUCCUUAAGUGACAAAGGUCGAUAUACUUGCGCAGCAUCCAGCGGUCGUAUGAACAUGAAAAACAGCAGUUACUUCAUUAUCCAUGAAAGUCCUUUCAUUCACCUGGAGAGGAUGGAGAAUGUGGUCGAGACAAGGCUAGGCGAUACAGUCAAAAUUCCCGUCAAGUUUAAAGGAUAUCCUCCACCAGAGGCAAAAUGGUAUAAAAAUGGAAAAGCCAUCAACGCAAAUCAUACAGUUAGACUUGGCUACACAUUAGUGAUCGCUGAAGCAACUGAAAAGGACACUGGGAAUUACACCGUUGUCCUUACAAACCCUACUAACAAGAUGCAGAAGAGACAUACCUUUACCCUGCUUGUGAAUGUUCCCCCUCAGAUAGGUGAGAACGCGCUGCUGGCCCCCGUCGACUCCUACAAGUACGGUUCGACGCAGGUGCUCACCUGCACCAUCUACGCUGUCCCACCGCCCACCACCGUCCUCUGGCACUGGCAGCUGGAGGAGGAGUGCACCUUCAGCCCCCAGAAAGUCCGCUCAGGAGCCAAUCCGUACGCAUGCAGAAGAUGGAAAGUGAUCUCAGAGAGAAAGGGUGGGAAUCAGGUCGAAAUUAAGCACCGAGUCGUUACUAUUGCUGGGAAAACAAAGACUGUGAGCACCCUCGUGAUUCAAGCAGCGAACGUGUCUGCUUUGUAUAGAUGUAUGGCUACGAACAGAGCUGGGUCAAGCGAGAGAGUUAUCUCCUUUCAUGUGACCAGGGGACUUGAAAUUAAUCUCCAGCCUCGGAAUCAACUGACAGAGAAGGACAACAUGUCCUUGCAAUGCACGGCAGACAAAUUCACCUUUGAGAAGCUAUCGUGGUACAAACUCAGCGCUCACGCUUCACAGACUCCCUUUGGAGGGCUGCCCAUGCCCGUUUGCAAGAACCUCAAUGCUCUCCAGAAGCUGAAUGCGACGGUUUCAAACACCAACGGUGAAAAUGUCACCUUAGAGCUCAUCCUCCGUAACAUCUCCCUCCAGGAUGGAGGAGACUACGUUUGCAUCGCUCAGGACAAGAAGGCUAAAACACAGCACUGCCUGGUGAAGCACCUUACUGUCCAAGAGCCCAUGGCACCCACAAUUGUAGGAAAUCUGGAAAAUCAAACAACAAACAUUGGGGAAACCAUAGAAGUGUCAUGCACAGCGAACGGCAUUCCUCCUCCAAACAUCAUGUGGUUUAAAAAUAAUGAAACCCUUGUUGAAGAUUCAGGUAUUGUUUUGAAAGAUGGAAACAAAACACUAACCAUACGUCGGGUGAGGAAAGAAGACGGAGGGCAAUACACCUGCCUUGCCUGCAACGUCCUCGGAUGCAGAAAAGCAGAGGCUUUUUUUUCAGUGGAAGGCGCUGAAGAGAAAACAAAUCUGGAGCUCAUUAUCCUCGUUGGCACUGCAGUGAUUGCCAUGUUCUUCUGGUUGCUUCUUGUAAUCAUCCUCCGGACCGUUAAGCGGGCCAACGGAGGGGACAUGAAGACUGGCUACUUGUCAAUCAUCAUGGAUCCUGAUGAAGUCCCUAUAGACGAGCACUGCGAACGGCUCCCGUAUGAUGCCAGCAAGUGGGAGUUUCCCAGAGACCGGCUAAAGCUAGGUAAACCUCUUGGGCGUGGAGCUUUUGGCCAGGUCAUAGAAGCAGACGCGUUUGGGAUCGACAAAACCGCUACCUGCAAAACAGUGGCAGUCAAGAUGCUUAAAGAGGGUGCGACCCAUAGUGAGCACAGAGCUCUUAUGUCAGAGCUGAAGAUCCUCAUUCAUAUUGGCCAUCAUCUCAACGUUGUCAAUUUACUUGGAGCCUGCACAAAGCCCGGAGGCCCACUCAUGGUGAUCGUGGAAUACUGCAAGUUCGGGAAUCUCUCAGCUUACCUCAGGAGCAAGAGGAGCGAAUUUGUCCCGUACAAGACCAAAAGUGCCAGGUUUCGGCAGGGGAAGGAGAACUAUGUUGGUGACGUCUCCGCGGACCUGAAGCGACGGUUGGACAGCAUCACGAGCAGCCAGAGCUCAGCAAGCUCUGGCUUUGUGGAGGAGCGGUCCCUGAGUGACGUGGAAGAGGAGGAUGCUGGUCCUGAAGACAUUUGCAAGAACCCUUUGACCAUGGAGGACCUCAUCUGUUAUAGCUUCCAGGUGGCGAGGGGAAUGGAGUUCCUGGCUUCACGCAAAUGCAUCCACAGGGACCUGGCUGCUCGUAAUAUCCUCUUGUCAGACAAUAACGUGGUCAAAAUCUGUGAUUUCGGCUUGGCUCGAGACAUCUACAAAGACCCAGAUUACGUCAGGAAAGGAGAUGCCAGACUACCCCUAAAAUGGAUGGCACCAGAAACCAUUUUUGAUAGAGUGUAUACCAUUCAGAGUGAUGUAUGGUCCUUUGGAGUUCUGCUGUGGGAAAUAUUUUCAUUAGGGGCAUCACCGUACCCUGGAGUAAAAAUUGAUGAGGAAUUUUGCAGAAGGCUGAAAGAAGGAACAAGAAUGAGAGCACCAGACUAUACAACACCAGAAAUGUACCAAACAAUGCUGGAUUGCUGGCACGGAGAUCCUAAGCAGAGACCGACUUUUUCAGAGCUGGUGGAGCACCUGGGGAAUUUACUGCAAGCCAACGUCCGUCAGGAUGGUAAAGACUACGUUGUCCUUCCUUUGUCAGUAUCGCUGAAUAUGGAAGAGGAUUCGGGUCUCUCUCUCCCAACUUCACCUGCUUCCUGUAGGGAGGAAGAGGAAGUCUGUGAUCCUAAAUUCCAUUAUGACAACACAGCAGGAAUUAGUCAGUACCGACAAGGUAGCAAAAGAAAAAGCCGCCCUGUGAGUGUGAAAACAUUUGAAGAUGUCCCAUUGGUAACCCCUGUAAAAGUUGUUCAGGAGGAAAACCAGACAGAUAGUGGGAUGGUUCUUGCGUCUGAGGAGCUGAAGACAUUGGAAGAGAGCGAUAAACAAGUGAAAAUACCCUUUAGCACGCUGGUGCCCAGCAAGAGUAACGAGUCCGUCAUGUCCGAAGCCUCCAACCAGACGAGCGGCUACCAGUCCGGGUACCACUCGGACGACAUGGACACCACCAUCUACUCCAGCGAGGAGACCGAACUCUUGUGCACCCGGGAGGCUUCGCCCCAGCUCUGCCGGGGCCACGGGCUCGGCUACGACAGCACCACACCACUCGCCCCCCUGCCGCUCUAGGGCCAAGCUCCGGGUCCCCCCGGGUUCCUUGCCUGGGCUGCUGGUAUCCAGGUUUGAUGUAUAGAAAGACCGCGUCCGUGAGACUGAGAAAAGACGUUUAUUUUUUCCUGAAGAGGAUGCAGAAGCAUCUGGCAGCAAAACCGCGCCGCGCCGGGCUGCUUGCCCCGAGGGGCGCUGGUGGCUGCGGUGUGUGGGUGCUGUGCCAACCCGAUGGCAGAGGCAGCGUGGUGGCCUUUGGGACCCCGGUGACAUGCUGAGCGUCUGUCGGACGCAGGCAGCAGCGCAGCGUUCAACUGAACUGUUUCUAGUUGUACGAAAUAACGGCACAGCCCUGCGCGUUGGUCUUUUUCUGUUGUUUUUCCCUUUGCGGCUGGACUCCAGGAAGGAAACAGCACGGCACUGGCUUCUUGUUUCUCAGAGUUAUCCCUUGCUUGCACCUCCACAAACAAAAAAAGGAACCUCCAGCUCAAGGCUGUGGCACUCACCAAUGGCCUGAGGCUAAAUAUAGGUUGGGCUAAAUAUAGGUGGGGGCGAUGGUCUGUGUCCUUGGUGGAGAAAAAAAAAGUUGCCGUACCAGCCCUCAUGAGCUGCAUUUCCCUGGAAGACUUGGCCGGGGAGGUUUGUUAGUAGCGGGGAGGCAGAGCACUGAGCCGAGUGAUGGGACAUGGGUGCACGAGGGCACGUGAUGGGGCUUUGAGCCACCUGGUGUCCCUGUCCAUGGCAGAGGGGUUGGAACUAGAUGUUCUUUAAGGUCCCUUCCAACCCAAACCAUUCUGUGAUUCCAUGCAUCCCCUCAGGGGGUGGUCUUGGGGUGGCUCUGCCCCCCGUCCUCCCUGGCACCCUUGUCCCAUGCCAAGCACCUCCCUGCUUCUGAGCUAGCCUGAAACGGCUGCAGAAAAAGCCCCCGGGCUUUGAAUCACCACUGGGGUAGCCUUUACUACAGGUAGAAAGGGCAAUAUAAUCUACCUUAGGACCGUAGGGAGCCCUCUGGUCCUGAUGGGGUAUCCUAAGGGCACCCUACCUUCUCAUCUCAUCCCCCCAGCCCUCUGAUGUAGGUCUGACUCCUUCGCUUUGCAAACUCCAAGUCUGUUUGCACCGGCAGAGGUCUUGGUUUAUGUAGUCUUGGGAAUCCGUGACUGGUUUCAUGGCAGCUCUGAUCUUCUCCGCGUGGCGAGAUUGUGACUGAUUGUCGGACAACUUCUUACCUGUGCUCUUGUAGUCCCAGAGCUCUAAUGAUAGACACCGUGCAGGCUACAAGGUUUUAAAAUGUAAAGCUAUUUCUACUGAGUCCUUUUUUGUAUUUUUAUAAUGGGUUUUAUUUUGUUUGUAUUUACUAUAUUGUCAAAUGCUGGGAACCAUGAAUAUAAGGCGUAUACAGUAUUUAUAGCCUCUUUAUGUAGAAAUAAAUGUAAUAUAUUAAAAUAUAAAUAUAUAUAUUAUAUAAUGGAUAUUGUACUGUUCACAUUUUGUAUUGGGGUUCUGUAGCAUUACAAGGGUCACAAAAUGUUUAUUAGCUAAAAAUUUUCACUUUAUUAAAGGGGACUGGAGAUUUAGAGGUG